GCAGCACGCAAUGCCCGAUUGGUGGGCGGUAAAGACAGCGUAAAAUUAGGUACCCCCGAAGAAUAAGUACACUUAGGGAACACCCAGCGGCCUGAUCCCGAACUAGCUACCUAGUCCUCCUGGGGCCUCCCGUCGAAGUGGGAGCAACUUCUUCAUAUAACACCAGCACCACUUCAAACAGUAAAGUGAGAGGAACACAGGUAGACGAGUGUAAGGCCACAAUGGCACCCUCAACAUACACCAUCCAGGUUCAGCAGACCAUUUCAGAAGACGUGCCCAAGAAAGAUGAGCCAAAAAGAGAAGACUCAACGCCAACCGUUACCACCCCGGUAGAGCGACGAUUCGAACUACGCGCCGACUCAGUCUACUCAAAAUACCCAGAACAGGGCCACGAAGCGACACACGACGUGCUUCCGCACAUUGUCCUUAACGACAGCACGCUGCCAUGGGAACGCAUCGGCAGUUCCCAAGCCGAGGAUCAGCAUCCAGAUGACUAUGCCAGAAACCGCGUGCCAUGGAUGGCGCUCUUGAUCUUCUCGCCGGACGAGCUGCGCCUGGACGACGCCGAGAAGGCGGCAAUCUUUGCGCACACCAGCCUCAAUGAUCCUCCGCCGAAGCAGUUAAAGUCCAUGGCCGUCCGCGUUCCUUUGGGUGACCUCGUCAAGCUGAAGGAGGGAACAGCCAAGGUCCCGUUCGGAAACAUUGAUAUCGACCAGGCGACCAAGCCCGAUACGAACGUGAUCUUUCCGAAGGCAUUUUUGUUCAACCGCUUGUUUGCGGCCUAUAACGAUGAUGGAAAGUCGCUACCGGGAGGUCCAGACAUCUCGCGACACCGGUUCCUGGCCCACGUGGUGCAGAUGAACACAACUGACAUGGCAAAUGCCGACUCAGACGAAGUCGAUACCACCCGAGAGUUCGGCGUCGUGAUCGCGAAUCGCAUCGGGCCCCUCGACGGCGACAAAGCCUCCCAGAUGAUCGUUCACCUCGUCUCACUCGAGAAUGUUGAAUCGUUGAAGCCGCUCCCUCUCCCCGAAAUGGUACCCGGCUCAUCGCCUGAGCAGCCUGCUCGCGUCGGGCUUGUCUCCCUCUACAGUUGGUCCUACACCUGUCUCCCGCCGAAUGCUCUCAACGUAAAGCAGGCUUUCGAGAACAUAGCCCUCACAUCAAGCAUGCUCAAACCCAUCAUCCCGCCCCAAUCGGAACACCUGGGUGACGUAGCCAAGCGCAUGCUCAACCGGCUUGGAGACGGCUACACCCUCAUGCGCUCCAUCACGCCAACAGGCGAAACAACCGCCGCCCUCUUCCGCGGCCCGCUAACACCCAACCUCAUCGCGCCCCUAAAAUGGGAUCUGCUCUCCAACACCGGCUCCGACCUCAACAUCUUCGACCAGGAACUGGGGAUGAUGGACAUCACCUUCUCCUCUGCCUGGUCGCUAGGCCGCACGCUAGCCUUAGCCGAUCGUGCCUUCACCAUCUCUCUCACGCGCGUCCGCCAUCAGAUCCUGCACCCAGCAACCAGCACCGUCCGGCGGAAGAUGCUGCAAGCCGCGCAGCGACCAAGCUACAAGCGUGAGGACCUCGUCAAGUCUCUUGACAGCCUGAUCAAUGAGACCAUCGCCAUCUCGCGGUCCGCCGACGAGACCCGCUGGGUACAGCCGGCUAGCGCUUCGCCUCCUGAUUUAUCAUACGCGUCCAUCAGGCCCUUCACCGAAGCAGCCAUAGAGGAAGCGGCGUUUGAAGUGGCUAAGAGCCUUGCUUGCGAUACCGAAGGGGGAGGCUGGAGGACGAACAAGAACACGCCGCCCUACGACGAGCUUAACGAUCCCGGCUCGCCGGACUGGAUGAUCGUCCUCCGCUUCGUCUUGGACCUGUACUACCUCGUCAAUAUCCCGUCGCACUAUCUCAUGACCGAUCAGAGCCUGGUACCUCGCGAGGGCCUGCGCUUCUUUUUUGUUGACCAUAACUGGAUUGAUGCACUGGUUGACGGUGCGCUGAGUUUGGGCCAUCAGGGCGGGCCGGGGCUGGCUGACCAGAAAGUGUCCAUAACGGAUGACGUCGUCCGGAGGGCGAUUAAGAGGGCAAUCAACCGCUUGUUCACAGAUCCCACGGUCCAUCAUCCUGCCGUUCCCAGGUAUGGGUUUUAUUUUCGGUCGGCCGUCGCUGCGCAGUUCCCGGAUCUUAAAGUUUCGGUUGAGGUCACGGGCGCGCCUAGCGGGGAUCCGUAUCUGCUGCGGCACGAUAUGAUUGACAAGGAAACAAUGUUGGGGUUCUUCAGUGAUGCGCCCCUGAAAGAGGGACUGCAUGGGAUGCGGUUCGAGUUGCCUGCGCAUCAACAAUUUUUUUCGUUAGGUAGUGUAACAGAUCAUGGGCUGGAGAUGGCGUAUAAGAAACAAUACACCAACUAUAAAGAGAAGCACAAGGAAAGAAACGUUCCGGUGGCCACGAUUCAGUGGCCUCGGGACGGCAAGGGAAAGUUGAAGGAUACAGCCGAUCCUCCAGACAGGAGUCAGGUGUUCGUUUGGGGAUCCAAAAUUGGAUUGAACGAUAUUCGACUUCUGCUGGUUGAGAAGCUGGCGACUAUUGUCCAUGCCACUCUGGACAAGAAGAUGGAUAAGAAAUGGUAUGAUGACACGACCGCCACCUCUGCUUUGAUGGCCUACCAGCUCAGCAGCCCUUCAUGGCAGCUGCAAAUCGGGCUACCCGGUAGUCCAUGACCGGUCUGCUGCGCCGCCAAUCGUGGUGUUGACAUGUUGUCGGAGUGUAUGCUUCAUCAUGUUUGUUGCUUCUAUGGAUUCGUCGUGAGGCUCCGUGGAGAUGUUCGGUCAACAAGGCGGAGGAUCCGCCGAGUACACCAAAAGAAAUGCGCCACGAUUGUCGGCUGUGGGGAAGAGCAUCACGAAGACUUGUUAGCCUGAGCGAAAGACAACAGCAGUGGAGGAGUUUUCGAUGAGGCCUCUUGUUGAUGACACAGCUGAAGUGUUGAAGAAAGAGAAGAUAUGUUGGACAAUGAACGCUGUGGAAAUUUGGAUGACGGUGAAUGAGAUGGAUGUCACUACAGCCACACGGCAAACACUCACUCUGGGUGGGUACAGGCACCCAGCCGUUGUGGAAUAGUGUUCUUAACAGAAAACCACAGAAUAUGCACGUGAAUUAUUAAAGCCC